AUGGAGCUUCCAUCACUCUCAUCCUUGAACAAAGAAAAGUUCCUUGGUCAUUCCGGUAAUCAAUCUAUUCUUAUUUUAAGGAUUGUCAGUUUUAUAUUAAUCAAUUUUUACUUGACAGCUCUUCAGAGUUAUGUGGCUGAUGUCCCUCCAGAAGAAUUAUCAUAUAUACAGUUUUUAAACUUCAGCCGGCCCCUUAUUGUCAUCUCCCCACCCUUUUCAAAAACUUGGGAUAAUUUGCAAAGCGUAUGGUGCAAACGCUUCCUAGAAGAGAUUGCACAUUUGGGAACUAACGUGAACGAGAAGAGUACGGGUAAUAACAACCACAGUCCAAGUUGCGGUAUAUGUGUGGACAGCUCUCGACGGGUAAAUCCUGAACAGAGUACGGGUAAAAACAACCUUAGUCCAAGUUGCGGUAUAUUGUAUAUAUGUGUGGACAGCUCUCGACGGGUAAAUCCUGAACAGAGUACGGGUAAUAACAACCUCAGUCCAAGUUGCGGUAUACUGUAUAUAUAUGUGUGGACAGCUCUCGACGGCCUGAACAGAGUACGGGUAAAAACAAGUUGUGGUAUACCGUAUAUAAGUGUGGACAGCUCUCGACGGAUUAAACGUGAAUUUAGAGAUAUAGAGUACUUUCGGAUGUUUUGGUCAUCAAUAAUCCUUCAUCGGAAGAAUAAAAUAAGAGAAAUGGAAAGUGAAAUAACUAAGGAAGAGAGCAAUGAGAACAUUAGAAAUUUUAUUGAGCAUUUUGAAUCUUCAUACAAAGGACUUGAUGACGAAAAAAAGUGGAUACUGGGAUCCGGAAACAAGACGAAUGUAAAAGAUCUUCGAGAAGCCGUCAGCAAACUGUGUAAGAAAACUGAUAAUGAUGUGGAAGAGCAGUUCGACUAUAUAUGGAUCAGGAACUGCAUAAGUAAUUUGUUGACUCUAUAUGAAAUAAAACCGCGUGUUUUUGAGAAAUCGCAUCUUGAGCGGUGGUAUGACACAAACAUCUGGUCAUCAAUUAUCGAUCAAUGUAUGUGGAACUUGAAGGACGUGGAACUCAUCAGGGGAGAGUCUUGUUCUAUCGCUAGUAGUGAGCGCAAAGCAAAAAAUAGAAUUUUACAAGUACGUAAACCACUCGGUCGCCGUGGUGAUGGAGUGUUCCGCAUGGAAAAAGGUCUUUGUGAAUACGGUGCUGCGGAACAUGGUCGUCUUUUUCAGGGUGAAAAGGAUAAGAAAUUUAUGUCAGAUGGUUUCAAGUUGACUAGAAUGCUACGAGACAUGUUGGGAAGAUUUUCAGCAGAGUUAAGUACAGAAGUAUUGAAGCAGAUCGAGAUGGUUGGAUAUUUGCAUUCAGAGAGAAUGUUGCAAAUAUUCGUCCUUGACUAUGCAAAAGGGUAUAUGAUACGUCUUCGAAAAGGAGCCCUAUUAGAAGUUCCCAAGGAACCGGUGAAUAUUGACAAUCUGUUGAAGCUGAUAACGGCUGUGUUAUCAAGCAAGCUACGAAUUUCUCGCACAAUUUCCCUGUUGCAAACUCCUGAACAAUCAAAUGAUCUCGAAUUUACUAAAAAGUUGUCAACUGCUGACCAAAUUGAACGCGUUUGCUCCAAUAAUCAAAUCUUAGAUUUACCAGAUCCGCCUUCAUCUCCACCCUC